AGUGUCCUCACCUCCCUCACGCCGCUCACCACCCACCGCCGCUCACCACCCACCGCCCCUCACCACCCACCGCCCAGGGCUACACUUCUAUUAAUCCUGUUUCGCUAAGAGGAAAAGGAAGCACAAUACACCUCGGACUUUAUUUGCAUUACAUUGCUGAAAUAUUAUCAUUAUAAUUUUAUUGCAAUUAAUUUUAGUUGUUAUAGAUUAAGUCACAAAUACAGAGAACAUUAAACAUUACAUCUGGAGGAGUGUUGGGAAGAGGGAAGCGAAGUUAUGGCAGUUUCAUCCCGCCUCACCUUCAUCCUUCCUCUGGUGUGUGUCAGCUUGGCCAGAGCUUCCAUCAUUAAGGACCAUCUCAAGAUUGGCCUCACCUUGGGCAGCAGCUCCACCAAACCAGAUAGCCCUCACCACUACUGCACCGACCCCCACGAGCAGCUUCUCAAGAACCUCUAUGUGGACUACUUCCACUCCUCGGGCCCCUGUAUUGUUCCCGGUGGCAGCAAAGUGUUCACUUUCAGGAACACCGAGUACGGCAGCGAUGACGAGCCUUACACUCGCGCCACAAUUUGCGCCAAGGUCCCCUGGAUAUGCCAACUUCUGGGACGAGAAAGAGGUCGCGGGAUCCUAGACAUCAGCCAGAUGAUGAUGGCGUCGUUCAGCCACAGUAUGAAGAGCCUCUACCAGCUACUGACGGGGCGUAGCUCUCUUGCUGCCACACCUUCACCAACCUCUGACUCCCGCCACUCCACCAGUUAUUUGCAGUAUGAUGCCAUCGUGAGCCCUUCUGAGUGUGACAAUGGAGGGUGUCAGGGGCAUGGCUUGUCAGUGUGCGACAGUGUUGGCGACUUCGUAUUCCCUGUGGUUGGACGAUCAGCACUCACCAACACCACAGUUACUAUCAUGCAGGCAUUCCCUGACUUGGUCCAACCAGUGUUUUUCAGAAAGUGCAGAACACAUCAAUCACAGUUAGUAUACGGGAAAUGCAUCCAGGAGUACCUCCCGGUUAGUUUCUUUGUGACUCCUUCCUAUCCUGGGGCUUUGUUGGCUCAGGACUUCAUAAUGGUGGAGUCUGGAUGCCAUGUAGCUGCACAUGUGAUGCCUCACUACAAGGAGAAGAUUCAAGAUAAACACCUGCAAGAUGAUUUCACAGCAGAGGUUCAUAAGAAUAUGGAAAAAAUUAGAUCGAGUGACCGACGUUUAUUUUGACCAGCAAAUGAUGAGCUGGAAGAAAUUAAAUGGAAGAUGAAUAUGCUUCUAUAUAAUUUUCUUUAUAUACUUCCAUGCUUGUCGAGUUGGAAGUUUUGCACUUUUCAAGAAGUCAUUAGCUACUUAUAAGAGAGAUCACCGACAUGAAAUUUUUACUUAUGUUAGUACUCAAAUAAUGGAUCAUGUACAGGUAUGUUUUCAAUGAAUGAUUUUUUCAUGUUGCUGUUCAUUUUAAGUAAAAAAAAAAAAAAAAAAAAAAAAACUACCAACCCUUUUCAAUUUUGUUGCAAAAUGGUUACAGUUGCUGAUAUAUCCUGAUGUUUAGUAAUCAGUACUUAUGGUUUAUUGCAACCCAUUGGCUAGACGAUUGUUUACUGAAGGAUUGCCCUACCAUUUGCCAGUACAGUACACCCGUCUUGUACAUGCUGGUAAGUUCGUGAUAAUGUCCUGACUCCAAUACUGGUAAUUUUCUCACCAUUAUAUAUAUUCAUGUGAUUAUUAUUCUUACACCUCCCAUUUUUUAUAGAGUAAACCAAAGGGAACAAAAGCCCUUAAGUAGUUCAAGGGAAUAUGCAAAUACCUGUACUGUAUUUUGAUAAAUAUACACCACCUCCACAGUUCGAAGCUUAAAACUUAGCAAAUACAGUACACCUAGUUUAUUUUCACAUCUACCUUAUGGUUAUCAUACAGUACUUGUGUGUACCCUCUUCAUAUGACAAUUUGUUCUCAAACACGUCUUUACUUUGUUUUUAGUUUGCAGUGGUAUACGAGUAUUUAAAAGCUGAAUACACAUCAGGACUGUAUGUAUAGUACUGUAGUACAUUCUAGUAUGCCUAUAAAUGGGGUACCAGGAGUAGGAUAUCCCUGCCAUUCAGUGUGCCUUAAACUAACAUCCAUCUGGGAGGGGGGGGAUUUAAAGAAGUAAACAAAGCAA